GGAGUGGUAGAAGCUUGAGAUUUGUUAAAACUAUAUUUUUCUGUAUAAAAUAACUAAAGUAUUGAAUUUGAAGUAGAGGAGGAGUGGUUAAUAUCGUUGAUGACCUGUGAUUGCGGCACAUUGAAAGCUGAAUUUCGGACAGUUUCGGGAAUUAUAUGCUAAAAUAGGUGGAAUACGGGAAACGGAAUCAAAGAAACGUGUAGAGUUGCAAAUCAAAAUAAAACGGAAAGAGUACGAAGGCUGGAAAAGGAAACUACUUUGUAAGUAACAAACACAACAAAUUAUAACAAACUAAUAAAAAUAAAAUUAUUCCAGUUGAGCUGACCAAAAAACUAGAGUCUGCUUCAGAACCAGUUCCUGAAAUCCGAACAAACUCAAAAAGUAAUGAGUCAGUCGGAUCUAACCUCAAAUCUUUCCGAUCAUGAUGAUCUGGAUCUCACGAUGACUCCUUGUUCGGCCUGCAACCAGACAUCCACAUCGAAUGAAUCAAUGGUCGGUUGUGACGCGUGUAACCGGUGGUUCCACUAUCGAUGCGUGUGAGCGACAGAGGCCGUUAAAAAGGAGAAGCGAUGGUUCUGUCCGGAAUCUGCCUGCCAGGAAGCAGCGAAAAAGGUGAAAAAAUCGAACAACAAGAAGAAUUCCACCCGUUCCGGCGUGAAGCCGGAUCAGCCGUUGGGAUCUUCAACCGUUCAAGAGGCAAAGCUGAAGGCCAUGGAAGAAGAAUACGCAAAGCAAAUGGAAGAGCUGGAGUUCGAAAAAAUAUUUCGGGAGAAGGAAAUGGAAUUCCAGCGAGUUCUGAAGGAGAAAAGGAUGGAAAUGGAAAAAGAGUUGAGGGAAAAGGAGUUAACCCAAGAGAAGCUUUUGCUCGACCGCGCUCUACAGGAGAAAACGGAACAUUUCGAGAAAAUGAAGACGAUGCGACUGUCGUACCAAAGCUGCAUGGAUGGACUGGACCAAGAAAUGGUGAACAUGAAGAAGGUAAACGAGGAAAUGCAACCGAAGAAGGCUGAGAUAUCACCCACACCCGGCGUUUCCGGGAAGCAACGAGAACUGCGGAAGUUGUACGUAGCGGAAAAUGCCCUGUUUCGUGAGAAAAGCGGUGUAAGGAACAUGAGUCGGGUGGGACUUUCAACCAAAGCGAAGGAUUCAAGUAGCGAAGAUGCGGUUAGCGGUACAGAAGACGAAUACGAAGAAGAUGACAGUGAAGACGAAGGAGACUCCGAAGGUUCUGCGUGUCGCAGCCACGCGACUACCUACGGGCUGGGGCGACAGCAAACUGGCCCCACUAAAAGCCAACUGGCAGCGCGAAAUGGGGUUUCGAAAAAAUUGCCGGUCUUCACAGGCAAACCGGAAGAUUGGCCACUCUUCUACGGGACAUACGUAGCAUCGAACGAAGCCUGUGGAUUUAGCGAUGUGGAAAACCUCGUCAGACUUCAAGAAAGCUUGAAGGGUCCAGCACUCGAAAGUGUGCGAGGUCAGCUGAUACUUCCAAGGUGUGUGCCGAAGAUUAUCGAUAAACUUCGUCAGUUAUACGGACGGCCCGAACUGAUUCUCCAAAGUCACCUAGAGCGUAUUCGAAAGUUAGAGCCCCCAAAGCCAGACAGGUUAGCGACGUUUGUUCCCUUUGGGAAUGCUAUCGAACAACUCUGUGAGCACCUGGAGGCGGCGAACCUGCAGCAACACAUGGUCAAUCCGAUUCUAAUUCAAGAUUUGGUUGAUAAACUGCCGGCCAAUGACAAACGAGAGUGGGUCCGGUUCAAGAGGACGAAGAAACGCGUAACACUACGAACGUUCACCGAUUUCGUCGCGAGCAUCGUUGAGGAAGCAUGUGAAGCGAAUGUUUGUCUCGAUCAAAAGCAGGAGCCAAAGGCAAUGCGAGGUAAUCGGGGUAGCAGCGAUGGUAGCAGAGCCAGAAUCAUGGAGAAAGGUGUAGUAAUGAACCAUGAUACCACCAACAGUAUCGCAAGAGUUCCAGUCGAGAGGACAAAGCUGAAGGCUUGCAAGGCAUGUCAGCGUACCGAUCAUCGUUUGCGGUUCUGUGAGGAUUUUCGGAAACUGGCCUACGCUGACCGGAUGAACGUCGUGACGAGAUGGAAGUUGUGUGACAUUUGUUUGAACGACCAUGGAAACGCAUCCUGUAAAUUCAAGAUCCGCUGUGACGUAGGUGGAUGCCAACAACGACAUAAUCCGCUUCUCCAUCCGGUAGGAAGCGUUGUUGGAACCAGUAUUCACAUUCGAACAGCGAGUUCAAUCCUCUUCCGGAUCAUUCCAGUGCGUCUGUUCUGCGGUGACAAAGCUGUCACUACGUUAGCUUUUCUCGAUGAGGGUGCAUCAGUUACGAUGAUCGAAAACGAGUUGGCGGACUAUUUGGGUGUUGUGGGAGUCCCGGAGCGUCUAACAAUCACCUGGACAGCUGACAUCUUCCGUGAGGAAAAAGGUGCUAGACGAGUUAGUGUAUGGUCUUCGGCAAUCGAUAGCGAAGAACGGCUUCUGUUAAAUGACGUGUAUACGGUGGAAAGUCUACGUCUUCCGGUGCAAUCGCUGGAUGCUGCAGCGAUGUCAAAGCAGUACAGGCAUCUACAGAAUCUGCCAAUUACAUCGUAUCGAGAAGCCCGGCCCGGUAUGCUGAUUGGACUAAACAACCUCCAUUCAUUUGCGCCCAUUGAAGCAAAGUGGGGUGCUCCUGGCGAACCGAUCGCUGUUCGGUGCAAGUUAGGGUGGACUGUGUAUGGACCAAGGAAGGGACCUGUAUCCAGUACGAAGGCAGUUUUAGGUUUCCACGAAGGAAUUAGCAACGAAAAUCUGCACGAUCUUAUAAAAACGCACUACGCAUUAGACGAAUCAGUGGUUACUGUUAAAAUGGAAUCGCGAGAUGAUGAAAGGGCUCUCAGUAUCAUGCGAACGACAACGAAACGAAUUGGGAAUAGGUUCGAGACUGGACUACUGUGGAAGACCGAUCAUGUGAAGUUUCCGAACAGCUAUGAAAUGGCUGUUAGACGGUUGUUGCACCUGGAACGAAAGCUGGAAAAGGAUCCAGAGUUAUAUGAAAACGUCCGCAAACAAGUAGAGGAGUACCAACAAAAGGGCUACGCGCACUUGGUCACGGAAGAGGAAAUAUCCAGAACCGAUCCUGAGCAGGUGUGGUAUCUCCCGCUGAACGUGGUCCUAAAUCCUCGCAAACCGGGGAAAGUACGUUUGGUUUGGGAUGCCGCCGCUACCUUUCAACGAUACGUUCUUUGGACCGACUCUCAAACGGUGCGAAGUUGGAUUCUAUCCGACCAACACAAGUUUAAGCAAUUCGUGGCUUUCCGUAUUGGUGAAGUGUUGGAGCUGACUAGAUCUUCCGACUGGCGCUGGGUUCCAUCCAAGUUAAACGCGGCAGAUAUUCUGACGAAGUGGGGAAGAGGACCAUGUUUGGAAAGCGAUGGAUAUUGGUUCACCGGUCCUAGGUUUCUGCUCGAUCCUGAAGAACACUGGCCUUCUCAAGCAAUACCUGUUGGAGAAACGGAACAGGAUGUGCGAGCGGUUGUGUUGCACCAUAGAGCGAGUUUGAUAGGAGAAGUAUCGACAGCGAAAGGUUCUCGAGAUGGACAAGGCUACUGA